AUGGAUGGGGACCACCUGCAGGCGAUGAACAUGGAGUGGAAGGUGCUCAAGGAGCGAUUUUUCGCGGGGGAGCCGGUGGACCCAGUCUUCGAAGGAAUCGUGAAGGACUUCAUCUCCUUCGACUUGACCCUCCAGGACAUCUUCAAGAAGGUCGAGACCUUCAUGAAAGGCAUAGAUAGCCUUGCUGAGGGCCUGGUGGUCCUUGCAGAGAGUGUCACGACCGGCCUAUCGUCCGUGGACGACUCGCUCAUCAAAGCUGACUGCUGCAAGAUGAAAGAGGCGACGAACGCCAUCACUCGCGCAGAUGCUCCUCACAGCGCUCUCGCAAAGCUUCGGCGAGACAUGGACUUCAACAUCAUGAACCCCUUGCGAUGCCAUGUCGUCAACAACAGAAACCUGAAGACAUACCUAGACAAGCGGAGGCGCCGGCUGCUGGAGUACAACGUUGCAAAGCGAGAGAUGGAGGAUUGCGUGAAGAAGAGCCUACAUCAAACAGAUCGUCGCUACUUGGCAGCGCAGUCGCAGCUGGAAUCGACCAAGUUGGCGUUUCACGAGGUAGAUAGGCACAUCUUCGAGUGGCUCUACAUCAUGGAAGAGUACAAGGGAGACAUCCUGGAUUCCUCGCUCCAGACCUUGAAGUACUUGCAAUAUGAGUUCUUCGCCACGUCGGCUCAUUCCAUUUCAGGUGUCCUGCCGGCCCGAAUGGAGUUUCGACCUAUGGUCGAGAUGACCCCAGAACACCUUGAAGCUCAGGUGGAGAUGGCCAUACAAGAGGCGGAAGAGAAUCCGGACGAAGAUGUCGUGACAGACUUCUCUGCCCGCCUGAUUGACAAGUUGGCGAAGGACAACAAGAAGAAGCCCGGCGAGGGCUUGGACUCAUGUGCAGAUGAAGGACCAUCGGUGCCAGUCGACCCUUUGAGUCUGUCAUCCCUUCUCUCGCAAGGGUUCGAAGAAGGGCCUGCCCGGCAAGCUUUGAGGAAGUUCCAGAACAACACGCAAGCUGCCCUAGACUUUCUCAUCGGUGGCGGAGAGCAUGCUGAGGAGGAGCCAGAGGAGCAAGUCCGCAUGCCGACGACGGUGCGGCGAGUCCAAAGGUUGAAGGAACGAAGGAGGGCCCAACAGGCCAAGCGGCAGAAAGAUGAGGAGGAGCGAAAGGCCAAGGAAGAAGGUCACAGGACUGAGAAGAAGGAAGAUUCCAAGCCAUCCACGCCCAAAAGAGAGGCGCCGAAGUCCGAACCACAAGCUGUGGAUCUCCUAGACUUCGGCAACGAGGUGGGCAAGGCUCGAGGUUCUGGAGGUGCCUCCGACCUCCUGGACUUGGAUCUCACAGCGUCGGCUUCGACUGCUGCGAAGGGGGGAGGAGGAGGAGGAGGCAACGAUUUGUUGGACCUCAGUGGUUUGGAUGAACCUCCGCCGCCGACCGAUUUCUCCAAACAGAUCGAGACGGUCCCCCUCCCGGAGCAGAUCACACUCGACUUGUCAAAGUGUGAGAAAGGUCCCUUGGGUCCACCAUCCCAGUCGAGCGGCUACUUAUGA